GAACCAUUAUAGCUAUUUUAUAGAAGAUCACUUGGCUAGAAGUAGAUCGUUUUCCUGGCGACCCACAUCCAUAUCCGUCCAUCCAACCCCCUCGCUACCCCUCACCCAAACCCAAACUCAAAAACCAUACAUCCCACACCCCCACCACCAUCAUGGCCAACUCAAGCCACCAAUACGACACCAUCCAAGGUCCCUACGACUACAUCCGCACCGCCUCCAUCGCCUACAUCGAGCGCGAAAACGUGCAUACCGCCAUCGCGCCCUACAUCCAAGAUGCACGGAUUCUCGAGCUCGCGUGCGGCACCGGUUUCUACACCUAUCCGUUUAGAUCCUGGGGCGCGCAAUCCGUUCUCGGCGUGGACAUCAGCGCCGUCAUGAUCGAGUCUGCGGCGCGCCUCGAAGACGGCGUCUCUUUUAUCCAAGGCGAUUGUUCUGUCCCCACGCAAUAUGAGGGCGGACCCUUUGAUAUCGUGUUUGCGGCGUGGCUUUUGAACUAUGCUAGUGAUCGCAAGGGAUUAGUCGAUAUGUUUCGCAACAUCGCGGGGAAUUUGAAGGAGGGGGGGAGAUUUGUAUCGGUGACCGUGCCGCCGACUUCUGAUCCGGUGGCGUCUGUGAAUGCCGAGGCGAGCGCGAGACCGAUGAACAAGGGCGGAAGCGGAUAUUUGGUGUAUAGCCAUAUUCGAGACGUGGAGGAGGGGAUUUAUUUUCGCGUGCAUGGGGAUACGCCGGUGGGGGAUUUGGAUUUCGAGUGUUAUCAUUUGAGGAGGGAGGUGUAUGAGGAGUGUGCGCGAGAGGCGGGGUUGAAGGGGAAGUUGGAGUGGGGGGUUACGGAGGUGCCGGAGAGGUGGUUGAGGGGGAAGGGGGAGGGAGGCGCGAGUUUGGAGGAGUUGGAGAGUUAUAGAAAGAUUCCGAAUUAUGGGAUUUUGGUCAUCGAGAAGUAGUAAUUUGAAGUGAGUUGGGGAAAGAGAAUCUGCUGGCACAUUGCUUCUGUGUGUAGUUAAUGUGAAGUCGGCACAUCGAAGGAAUAUCCUAUUUGCUGUAUGUGAGACA